AGAGCGGGAGAUUCGAAAGCGUCCAGGUCGCGGGGUAAACCGGUUCUCUGAGUGCGAGCGCCCAGCGGCGUGGGCUGCGGCUUUGCGGGAGACUGCGGAGGCCGCAGUGAUCCACGGGGCCGAUCGGGUUCCGUUGGGCGGGUCCACGUGCCCGCCGAUCCGCCUCGAAGGAGAGGUGCAGGAGUGUACCCCCGACCUUGGCUGCGUGCUGACUCGCCUCCUUCCGCCCGCCCAGGCUUGCACUCCCCGCGGAUCUGCCUCUGUAUCUCUUGCCUUCGCUGUUGUUUCCCUCUCUGCUCAGCUCCCCUCCCGCUUUCGCCCUGGAGAAUGGCUCAGAAGGAGAACGCCUACCCGUGGCCCUACGGCUCAAAGACGACUCAAUCUGGCCUGAAUACGUUGUCCCAGAGAGUCCUACGGAAGGAGCCCGCCACGACAUCUGCGCUUGCCCUCGUGAAUGGGUCCAACAGCCAGUCCACAGCUGCCCCUGGCCAGAAGUUGGCUGAGAACAAGAGUCAGGGCUCCACUGCCUCGAAAGGAUCCCAGAACAGGCAGCCUCUCGCUAUUGACAACUUUGAGAUUGGGCGUCCUUUGGGCAAAGGCAAAUUUGGAAACGUGUACUUGGCUCGGGAGAAGAAGAGCCAUUUCAUCGUGGCGCUCAAGAUCCUCUUUAAGUCUCAGAUUGAGAAGGAGGGGGUGGAGCACCAGCUUCGCCGAGAGAUUGAAAUCCAGGCACACCUGAAACAUCCCAACAUCCUUCAGCUGUACAACUACUUCUACGACCAGCAGAGGAUCUACUUGAUCCUGGAAUAUGCCCCGCGAGGGGAACUCUACAAGGAACUGCAGAAGAGCCGGACCUUCGAUGAGCAGCGGACUGCCACGAUCAUGGAGGAACUGUCAGAUGCCCUGACAUACUGCCACAAGAAGAAGGUGAUCCACAGAGACAUAAAGCCGGAGAACUUGCUGUUAGGUCUGCAGGGAGAGCUGAAGAUUGCAGAUUUUGGCUGGUCGGUGCAUGCCCCAUCCCUGAGGAGGAAGACCAUGUGUGGCACACUGGACUAUCUGCCCCCAGAGAUGAUUGAGGGGCGCAUGCAUAAUGAAAUGGUAGAUCUAUGGUGCAUCGGGGUGCUCUGCUAUGAACUGAUGGUGGGGAACCCACCCUUCGAGAGCCCUAGCCACAGCGAGACGUAUCGACGGAUUGUCAAGGUGGACCUGAAGUUCCCUUCUUCUGUGCCUUCAGGGGCCCAGGACCUCAUCUCCAAGCUGCUCAAACAUAAUCCCUGGCAACGGCUGCCCCUGGCGCAGGUCGCAGCCCACCCUUGGGUCCGGGCCAACUCACGGAGGAUUCUGCCUCCCUCUGCCCUUUAGCCUGCUUCUUGAUUUUUGUCCCUGUCAUUUCUCAGUGUUCUUUAUAUGUCUGUAUAUGUGUCCUGAGAAGGGGAUGGGAAUUGGAAACUAUUCUUAGCUUCAGUUCUAGGGGAUCUGAUCCCUCUUCUGACCUCUACAGGCAAAAUUAGGCACACCUGUGGUACACAUAUAUGCAAGCCAAACACAUGAAAUUAAACAAACAAACAAAUAGUGCUGGAGAGAAGGCUCGGCAGUUAAAAGCACUGGCUGCUCUCCCCAGGACCCAGGAACUCAAUUCUAGCACUACAUGGUGCUCACAACCACUGUCUAACUCCCAGUCCUGGGGAUCUGGGGUCUUCGAGCCUCUGCAGGCACAAGGCGUGGAUGUGGUAUACAUGUAUCGAGGCAAAACAUCCAUGCACUGACUUUUAAGAAACCCUCUAGUCUGAUUCCUUUCAAUUUGUCAAAUGUUGAAUGUUAUUUUUAAAAAUACUAUAAGCCAAAAACGCAUUCAGUACAAUUUUUCUUUGAAACAUGGUAUAGCCCUAGUCUCUCUUAAAUUCAGAAAAAUUAUGAAGAACAAAACAUAUUUUAUAAUAAAGUCUUAAAUGUUUCAUGUUUUUG